CUAGGAAGAGGAGGGGCGCAACGGAUGCAUCUUCCCGCGAUCAUCAAAGUUAGUCUCGUAAUACUGUCUACGUUCGAAAGAAAGGUAAUACCGUGGGCGCAAAUAAAUUCUAUUAACAGAUGAAAGGAAUAUAGCUUCAACAUCAAUAAAAAUGAAAAUUUAUUUGAACAUUCCACUCGUCACCUGCAGUUGGAUAUUGUUGCAGCUUUAUUUGGUGCAUGCAACUCUUCCCCUACUUCCCAUUCCCACAGACGUCCACGAAAAUAAACCCAGGCUCUUUCGCAUUUAUUCCAAGCCACCAGAACCGGAUGCAGAGAAACAUGUAGGACCCGAUAUUAUGGGGCAUGUGGGCAAUGUCCUUAAAGGUGGAUCCAUAGGAUUUGUAUAUGAAACAAGGCCUCUGGAAAAGAUUGGUGGCCUUUUCAGACCGGUGACAAAAUGGUUUGGCAAGAAAGAGCUUACACCGGUAGAGCCCGACGAACCUUUUCCUGAAAAGAUUCCUGAAAAGAAAGAAGAUUCGUGGGAAUCCGAAGAGGAAGAGAAAUUCUGGGAGCCUGAAGAUCCGAAGAAACCUGUACCUGAAGGACCUAGUUGGGAAGACAUUGGCGAAACACUGGAUCACACAACCGUUCCGAUUGAGGAGAUCAUACAGCCUAGGAUUAAGCCCAGAUCAAGGCCAAAGAGGUUUAUUGAAUCUAAGAUAUAUCAUGUUCCUCUUCUUUUUCGAUCGAACGCCAAACCUUACCAGGUGAAAAUCAGAAGUCAAAACGAUUUUGAUGAUUUAAAGAAGAGUUCUAAGUAAAUCUGACAAUUAUAACACUAAAUUGAUUAACUUUUGUCAUUCAUUUUCAGAUACGAACUAUAGCCAGUUGAUGUAAUCAAAAUUACAAAUUUAUUUAAGAAAGCCUUCACGAAAAUAACAGAAACUACUUUUUUUUAUUGUAAGAUUGAAUUUUCUGAAAAUUGAAAAAGUAUAAUUCAGGCAAUUUAACUAAAAGCCUAAAUUAUAUUUUUUCAAUCAUAAAUUUCUAGAUUUAAACUAGAAUAUUCUACUUACAAACCUAAACAUGUACGAAAUAUUACAAAACCACAUACGUUUUAAGAUGUUUAAUACAGCUCUUAGAAAAAGAAAAAACAUUCCUUUCAUUUAUUUUUCGACAGAAAAAAUGAAAUAGAACGAAGUAAAUGGAAGGAGUAGUAAACGUUUUGAAAAUGUACUGGAGAUAUUUAUGUCAAAAUUCUUUUAUGUUAAGAAACACUACAUUGAGAUAUACAGUUGAAUAUAUCUUCAAACGGUUUAAUUAUGCUAGAGGAAUACUUUAGAUGGCUUUUUUUAUUAAAGACGAUGUACACAAUUAAUAUUGUUCUUUUUUAUUAUCUUGCGAGAAAUUCAUACAAUUGCAUUGUGAUGUGCCAUUAAGGGCUAUUUCUUAUCUAAAAUACUAAUAUUAAAUAUUUAAUAUUUGGAAAUUUUAAUUUAAAUAAGCAUUUGGUAUAAGAUGGCUUUGUUUUUAAAAUAUUGAUUUUCUAUAUUAUUUAAACUAAUUAAACUCUGGCUUCAGUUGAAUACCUAUUACUAUAUACUGUAAAUUAAUGUCCAGUGAAUUCAUUGAACUACCUGACUGACACAAAUUGUAUAGCAAUUAAAGCAUUACAGUUAAAAAAAGUCAAUGUUGUCAAAAGAGUUGUCAACAUAACUUUUCAAGUUUUAACGCUGGUAUCAAAAACUCUGAGAUAAGUUUCAUAACUUAGUAAUACAGUUUCAGAAAAUACGCUGUACAUUUUAAAUGUUUGAUGCUCGCAAAUGCAUUUAUUCAAAACAAUGUGAUUCACUAAAAUACCAAAUACAAAUCAACUGAAAAGAAGCUAGAUAUAAGAAAAUAAAUUUAACCAUUUCUGGGAAGUCCAAUCACAAAUUUUAAAUGAAACCAGCGGGCUGCGGCCAAAGCAAAAUUUGUAUGCACACCUGAAAUGAAAACGUAUAAACCAUUUUAAUAUGAAUGUGAUCAAUUCAUUCUUUUCAAGCAACAACCAAUUCGUAAAUAACAUUUUAGCUGCAAAACCAGGAAACAAAAUGUUUUGACACGUCAGGUAUGCGUAUGACGUCAUGAUUUAAAUUUAAUGUAAUAUAACAACUUUUUCUCUCUAUCACCAAAGCGAACAUUCCGGAAGGUAUCAGAUUGCGGUUAAUUAUUAUUAUGAAAAACUUGUAUAAUUAUUAAUUAAAUUAUUUAUUUCUCUAGAAGGAAAAAUAAUUCCGGAAUAAAUUUUCUGUAAUCUUGCCAUUUUAAUAUUUUCUAACUUCAGAAUUUCCUUCAGCCUAUUAGAAAUAGGUGCAUUAUAUAAGUUUUCCUAGUAUCAAAGAAGACAGACACAUCUUCUCUUGUGAAAACCAGAUGCUGCGUUUAAUAAGCAUCUCAAUAUAUAGGAUUAAAUAAAAAGAAAAGACAAUGUUUUGUAAUUGACAGCCGUGUUUAUAUUUUUAUUUUUAUACAGCUGAGGCAGAUUUCAAAACUGCUGCUUUCUCAUACAGCCAUUUUGUCACCUUCAUAUUAGCGUUUAAUUUAUUUUAAUUUUGCGCCUUCCCCAUUUUUCACCUGAGGUAAUUUUGUUUUUCCUUCAAAUGCUCAUUUGAUUUUCCUAAGGUUCUCGGAUUUCAUUUUUCACUUAAUACUGCCUAAGUACAUCUUCGAAACCAAUAACUGCAGAAAAUGUUAUACCUUGCCUAGACAAAGCUUUGUUGAAACUGAUUAUUUCAUUUCAUUAAUUAUUUUUUUUAUAUUCAGUUUUUACAAUUUAUGUAUAAAAGUCAUAUUUAGCUUCGUAGUAAUCUAAUUUAUUAAUUUUAUUAUACUUAUUUAAGAAUGAUUCCAUUUGUACGUAAUAAAGUGUAAAACUUUUAUGAUAUUUUAAGCAGAAUUAAAAAUGAAAUUUUUGUUUAAAAUUUUCUGUUGUAUGGAAAUACCCAAAUCAAAAUAGUAUUAAAAGUAAUUUCUAUACCAAGUUGCUGUUCAUUUGAUAUAUUAUUGAUUAUAUUUACGAAUUGGGAAAGAACUUUAAUUAUCUGUCAUUUAUUUUGUGAAUUCCAUCUACAAAACUACAAAUAUGAAAGCAAUAUUAUAGUUUAUAAUUCUUUUAACGAAAUGCAUUUGUUUGGAAAAAUAUUGGCUUCUACUUAUGUGUGUAGCAUUUAAGCAGUAGAGAUGAAAUGUUCUAUUUAAAAAUUUAUUUCCAUUAUUUUUUAAUUUAUGGAAUUUUCGUCUAGCUGAUCAAUUCACGACAUUUAUUUUUAUUCUUCACUUGAAUAAUCAUCCUGAUGUGUACUUAUGUAUAUAUAUAUAGCAAGGGUUAUGCUAUUUUCUCUUUUAUUGUUAAAUAUUUAACAUUAAUUUGGUAAGAUAAAUGGAAAGAGAAUGCAUCUAAAGGAAACAGUUUACUUUGAUAUUUUUGAUAUGAUUGUUCCAUUAAAUAAAACUUUAUCUAAAAA